AUGAUUGUCAGCAAACCUGGCAUGAAACCAAGUUCAAUUCGAGUUGACCAGUUGGACCGUCAACAGCUCAAGCCAGACGUUAUCACUUACCCAUUGAUCAUUCAUUUUGGAAUAAGACCUGCUCAACUCAGCUAUGCUGGUGACCCAAAUUAUCAGAAGGCUUGGAAGCAGUAUGUCAAAUAUAAACAUUUGUUGACCAGCAAACCUAAAGUGACCUACGCUGAUAAGAACAAAUUGCAGAUGAAGGAAGAAUUCUUGCAACAACUGAGACUGAAAAGCACAAUGAAGCGAGAAGUGACCGUGGAGAUAAGCAGUGAAGGAUUUAUUAGAACUGGGAUCAAAUCUGACGUUUGUCAGCAUGUGAUGCUUUUACCAGUGUUACUCUGCCAUUUGCGUUUCCACAAAUCUCUUGCCAUUCUGGAGGGCUACCUUGGCUACAAAUUCAAAGACAGGAGUUUGCUGCAGUUGGCCUUGACGCAUACCUCAUACCGUGUAAAUUAUGGCACUAACCCUGACCAUGCCCGGAACUCGCUAACCAAUUGCGGAUCACGUCAAGUUGAAUAUGGGGAUCGAAAGAUCCACUAUGUCCACACGAGGAAGCGAGGUAUCAAUAUCUUGAUUGAUAUAAUGUCCCGGAUGGGACACAAAGAGGAAACUUCAUCAGAAAUUCCACACAAUGAGAGGAUGGAGUUCCUUGGAGAUGCUGUCGUUGAAUUUUUAUCCAGUGUACAUCUAUUUUUUAUGUUCCCUGGUCUUGAAGAAGGUGGCUUAACUACAUACAGAGCGGCUAUUGUUCAGAACCAACACUUGGCAGUUUUAGCCAAGAAACUACACUUACAGGACUUCAUGUUAUAUGCACAUGGACCUGAUUUGUGUUAUGAAUCUGACUUGAAGCAUGCAAUGGCAAACUGUUUUGAGGCUUUAAUGGGAGCGUUGUUCCUUGAUGGAGGUGUAGACUUGGUGGAUAAGAUUUUUGCCAAGACUUUAUUUGAUGAUUUAGAUUUGGUGUACACAUGGAAGCAACUUCCCCUUCACCCUCUGCAGGAAGAUGAACCUGAGGGUGACAGGCAUUGGGUUGAAUCAUCUCCAGCUCUUCAGAAAUUAGUAAAAUUUGAAGAUGAUACUGGAAUAUCCUUCAGCCAUAUCCGUCUAUUAGCCAGGGCAUUUACCCUCCGAAAUGUUGGCUAUAACAACUUGACGCUAGGCCACAAUCAACGCCUUGAGUUUCUGGGUGAUACUGUGCUGCAACUUGUUGCCUCAGAGUAUUUAUUCCGACAUUUUCCAGAUCAUCAUGAAGGCCAUUUAUCUCUUCUCAGGAGCUCUUUGGUAAACAACCGAACACAGGCCAUCGUAUGUGAUGAUCUUGGCAUGUCAAAUUAUGUCAUCUAUGCCGAUACUCGGGGAGAUCACCUGGAAAUGAAACCAAAAGAAAAGGCAGACUUACUGGAAGCUUUUAUUGGGGCUUUGUAUGUUGACAAAGCCCUUGACUACUGCCGGGUAUUUUGCAAUGUUUGCUUCUUUCCUCGCCUCAGGGAUUUCAUUUUGAACCAAGACUGGAAUGAUCCUAAAUCCCAGCUCCAACAAUGCUGCUUGACUCUACGAGAAUUGGAUGGAGGAGAACCUGACAUUCCUAUUUACAAAGUGAUAGAAUCCUCAGGUCCAACCAACACAAGGAAAUACACAGUAGCCGUUUACUUCCGAGGGGAACGUCUGGCCACAGGAAUUGGUCACAGCAUCCAGCAAGCAGAGAUGGCAGCAGCUACAAAUGCCCUCAACCAAAGAUCAGAGCUGUUUCCCAUUUUGGCUCACCAAAAGAGAUUUUUGGAACGGAGGCAUCCAAAGAAACGUCGACGUGGAUCAAGAAGGCCUGAUGAACACCAUUAA